CAUACACGUCUAUAUAGAGAAAAUAUGUCUAUAAAUAGAAAUGAGCAUGAGAAUGCGAAGACGCCGCCAGAUCCACAUGUUGUUCAGAAAUUUAAUAUAGCAGAGCUAUAUCUAUAUCUAUAUAUACUUACAAGAAAAUAUCUAUCUAGCUAUAGCUGAUUUCAAUUUCGAAGAAGAAAAUUACUAUGUUGCUGGUUGAAGAAAACGGCCAUAGAAAUGGAGAAGAAGAAUAUGCACAAGAUGGGGCAGUGGAUCUCAAAGGCAGACCUGUUUUAAGGUCAAAGACUGGAAGGUGGAAGGCUUGUUCCUUCAUUUUAGUGUAUGAGAUAUUUGAGAGAUUAGCAUACCAGGGAAUUGCGGCAAAUCUAGUGAUCUACUUGACAAGAGAGCUCCAUCAAGGCACUGUGAAAGCUUCAAACAAUGUCACCAAUUGGAGUGGUACCGUUUGGAUGACCCCAAUAUUAGGUGCUUAUGUUGCAGAUGCAUAUUUAGGUCGAUUCUGGACAUUUCUCAUUGGAACAUCAAUUUAUCUCAUGGGAAUGAUCCUGCUAACACUAGUAGUUUCAUUACGAGCUCUAAGGGCAUCACCUUGUACUAAUAAUGGAGAAGACUGCUCAGAAGCCUCAUCUAUGAAAGUGGGCAUGUUUUAUUUGGCACUUUAUAUAAUUGCAGUGGGAAAUGGGGGCACCAAGCCUAAUAUCUCAACCCUUGGUGCCGGACAAUUUGAUGAGUUUGAACCAAAGGAAAAGGCCCAAAAACUCUCUUUCUUCAACUGGUGGGUGUUCGGCACUUUCAUCGGUUUUCUCAUCUCAGAAACUGUUGUGGUUUACAUUCAAGACAACGUGGGAUGGUCCCUCGGCUAUGGCCUUCCCACUGUGGGGCUUGGGAUCUCGAUCUUGGUGUUCUUAUUGGGUGUCCCAUUUUAUAGGCACAAGUUGCCUUCAGGGAGUCCUUUUACCAAGAUGGCUAAGGUUAUUUUGGCAGCUUUUACCAAGUGGAAGGUGCCUUUGCCUGAUGACCCAAAUGACCUUUAUGAGUUGAGCUGGGAAGAGUACACUAAAAAGGGCAUCCAUAAAAUCGACCACACCUCUUCAUUAAGGUGCCUGGACAAAGCUGCUGUGAAGAGUGGAAUAACAAAGAGACCAUGGACUUUAUGUCGAGUAACUCAAGUAGAAGAAACCAAGCAAAUAGUGAAACUACUCCCUCUUUUACUAGUCACCUUCAUACCAAGCAUAAUAUCAUCUCAAAUACACACACUUUUCAUCAAACAAGGCACAACCCUAGACAGAAGCAUGGGGCCUCACUUCAGUAUCCCACCAGCAUGUCUCACAGUCUUCACAACAAUCUUCAUGCUCAUAAGCAUCGUCCUCUACGACCGUUGCUUCGUCCCGGCCAUCCGGCUAUACACGAAAAACCCUAGAGGGAUCACCAUGCUCCAAAGAUUCGGAGUUGGGCUUGUUCUCCACGUUGUGAUCACAAUCACAGCUUGCUUAGCUGAAAGAAAGAGACUCAGCGUUGCAAGAGAGAAUGGUAUCGUUGGAAAGAAAGAGAUAGUUCCUCUUUCGGUUUUUAUUCUUCUUCCUCAGUUUGGUUUGAUGGGAUUAGCUGAUGUUUUUUUAGGAAUUUCAAAGCAAGAGUUCUUCUAUGAUCAAGCGCCGGAGGGCAUGAAAAGCUUGGGGGCUUCGUUCUUUACAACAAGCAUGGGAGUUGGGAAUUUUCUUAGUAGUAUUCUUCUUACAAUGGUUUCUAAUAUCACUAAGGAACAUGGCCAAGGGUGGAUUUUGGAUAAUUUGAAUGUGUCUCAUUUGGAUUAUUACUAUGGCUUCUUGGCUGUCUUGGCGUUCCUUAAUCUCAUCUUCUUUUGGUUUCUUGCAAAGUUCUAUGUUUACAAUGUUGAGGUCAACCAGAAAUCCCAGGAUAAUAAUGUAAAUUCUUAGUACCAAGAAAGAAAAAAAAAACUAAAACUAAUUGGUACAAUGCAUAUAUAUGAUCAUGUGCUUAUAUUCUUAGAAAGAACCAAACUUCCUUUUAUUAUAUAAAUAUUAGGGGAGCAAACAUAUUUGCAAGCUGUAAUCAUGCUAAAGGCACCCAAUUAUUGAUGUGAUUGAUUCGGUUAGUUUUUUUUCAUUCUUUUAA